UCGACCAAAACCUGCUCUGUAUUGGAUUGACAGUAUUGCGAGCACCUCAGCCCAAACCAGGAGGGCUGGACUCUAUUUUCAAACUCCGCCAGUCACGCUGUGUCAUCGAACAUCGAUCAAGCACAGAAAAAAAAAGAUUCAUCGCCGACCGACACUUUGGCUUGCUUGGGAUCGAUAGCCAUCGGCAAGUGCCCCUCCUCCACCACGAAAAGACGGCGGGCUUGAUCAUCUGCGUCCGUCUGUUUGGACCCAUACACCUCGAAGCGAUAUUUCACUCUUGGACUCACCCACGAGCACCUCGCCAUCGCCAUCGCCAUCGCCACAGCACAUUUGCAAACUCGACCGCAGGAUGGAGCGGAAACGACCCAGAGGACUCAAAAAGUCGGCCGAGUCCGGGACCGGCCAGAAGAAGCGCAAGCCGACUGAGGCUGUCGAAGAUGUGCCCGCAGCGAGCGGGAGCCAGAAUACCGAGGGCGCGCCGUCAAAGGACAUGCGCACCAUCGUCGUCGAUGCAUCCUCGGAUGGAGACGAUGUUGCGAUCAUCAAGAAGCUCUACGAGAUGGCCAUGGAGAAGAUCGACGACGAAGCCACUCUCGAGGAGGCCAAGGACUUUUUGAACGGCACUGUCCACGAGUGCGAUCGGCUGCUGCGGCUGGCCCAUGAGGACGAAGAGUCAAAGUCGUUCCCGGCCGAGUUCUUCCUGCACUACGGACUGGCCCUGAAGCGACUCGGAGAGGCGCAGGAGGACGAGUCCGACCGCCAGGCGUUCGAGGAAGCCUCGGAGGAGCGGCUGCUGCAGGCGCUUGAUUCCGAGGAGCUCGAUGCCGAGAGUGUCAAAUGGAGGAUCCUGCAAGCACUGGCCGAGCUGAACCUCCGCAAGGCUAUGGUUCUCUAUCAGGACAACCCAAGCGACAAGGACGCAUCGGCGCUGCUCGAGCUGGCGACCCAGCAGCUGAGCGAGUACUCUGGACUGCUGGUGGAGGAGAAGCAGGUUUCGGACGAAGAUAAGGAGACGCUGCUCGUCAACAUGGGUUUUGCAGUCCAGCGAGUUGCCGAUAUGUGCGACGACAUCAAGGCCAAGGAAAAGGGCUGCCGCGGAGCCGAGCAUGUCUUCCGCCUGGCGAUCAAGGUCAACAAGGGCUCGAUCGAGGGACACAUGGGGUUGGGAAGCUGCUCGCUGUCGCUGGCGAGUUACUUCCUCGACCAGGCUGACGAGGACCACGAGAGCGCCAAGAACAACAAGAUUGCUGAGAAGAAGCUCAAGGCUGCGCUGGCCGAAUUCCGCCAGGGUCAGCAAGCCGCCAAGGAUCAGUCCACCGAGAAACCCGCAGUGCUGUGCAUGCUGGGAGAAACCCUCAUCAACCUUGGCAACCUCUACGACGACGACGACGAGGAGGCGGCCUCUGAGUUCUACAAGGAAGCCUUCCAGUGCUUCAAGCAAGUGCAGGAGAUUGACGCCAAUGCGCUUCCGGAGCAGUUCAUUGAGUUUGUGGAGGAGUGGGAGAACGACAUGGACUCGUAAGCGCGGGAGACGGCCUGAAUUGUUCACUUGACGCAGAGUACAGCGUAUUGAAUAACGAUGGGACACAUCGUCUCAUUAGGACAAACACGGAACAUUUCCUGUGUGAGCGGGCACGACGGAGCUGCAGGUCAGAGCACAAAGACAUAUCUCAAAUGGGAAGAGUAAUGUCGCUGGAAGGCCCCAGCGAGCGGAUUAUAUAUCAAAGUCGCUCAGCCCGAUCGAUCAACAUCAACCGAUCCACAAGCCAUC